GGGAGUGUACAAAGUUUUGGGCAGGUAAAUGGCAAGGAAAGCUUGAAUACUAUAAAGCAAUUUCAGAUAUAUCUGUUUGUCCAGCAUUUUUAUUAUGCUCAGCAGGACUAUGGCUAUGUAUUUCUGGUAAGAAAUAUGUUUAUCAAUUCUGUGAAAGUGGAUCACCUCAUAGACAUGAUUCCCAUAGUCCCUACAAUGGAUUAUAUGCAACUUACACGAAUUGCUAG